AUGUGUCAAUUUGUGCAAAGUCAAGUAGCAGCAGGUAAUUCAGGCGAUCGGACUAAAAAGCAAUUGGAAGAAAUCGAGGAAAAUAAUGAAAGCCGACAAGAAAAAGAAUUAGCAAAACUUUAUUCAUCGUCGAAAGCAAAUGCUUUUUUAACUUAUGAUAAAUGUAUGCAACGAAUGAAGUGUCCAGCUAAUCGUAAAGAAGAAUGUAGUGAAGAAUGUACAGCAGGUAAUACUGAAGAAGAAAUUGAAGAACAUAGUGAACUAACAAAAGAUGAGCGUCGAAGUUCGAUGAACCGAGCACCUAAACGAAAAUAUGAACCAACGAAACACUCAUCGAAGAGUAAACCAACACCAGUGAAUGAUCAAUCGAACGCAAAAACAGAUUUGUAA